AUGUCACGCUCAGUGGAACAUGAACGCCGUAACGACUUCUACCGGAAUGUGUUCGGUGAUGGAGAUGAAGCUCGGGCAGUAGCACCACCGACUGCCAAAGUGCUUGAUGAUUGCUGCACAGCUCUCAAGAUCCAACACCAGAUUGAGGAUAUUCCUGAAUCUGAUGGGGCCAAGCUUCAUUGGCUUGGUGACCGCUCUGCCGCAAAUAUUAUUCUCUACUUUCAUGGUGGUGGCUAUGGUUUGCCCGCGCUCGAAAGCCACGUGAAAUUUAUGGACCAAUGUGUCAAACACCUUUCGUCCACCGAACAAGAGACCGUUGUGGGAUUUCUAGAAUAUACUUUAACCAAAGGAAGCCGAUUCCCUGUUCAGCUAUUGCAAGCCACCAAGGCUUUGCAGCUAGUGUUGAACAAAGGCUUCUUACCGAGUCGUAUUGUCGUCGCCGGAGACUCAGCAGGAGCAAAUCUUGCUCUCAGCCUCAUGUCUCAUAUCCUGCACCCCCUCGAUGGAAUACCGGUUGUAAAAUUCGAAGGAGCCCUUAAGGGCCUACUCCUUAUCUCACCUUGGGUCUGCUUUAACGGAGAUAAUGCUUCAUAUGAGGAAAACAAAGAUCGGGACAUUGUUAACCCGACAGUCAUGAAGUCAAUGGCGGAUGACUUUGUCGAUCCGGCGCAGAAGACAGAAUACUCUGAGCCCAUUAUAGCUAGCUCUUCAUGGUGGCGUGGGAUGCCCGUCGAGUCGAUCUUGAAUGUAUUCGGCGCCUACGAGCUCUUUCGAGAUCACAUAGCCACAUUUGGCCGGACUCUCGAAGAGGCAGAACUAAGGGUCGAAAAUGUGGCAUGUCCCCUACAUGUGCACAUAGAUUGCAUUCUUGAUGCCCAAACUGGGAUGCAGCCGGGAAUUAUGGGAAUCACUACAUGGAAGUGGCUAGAGGGGCUUAGCUAA